AAAAAUUUGACAGCUUGACAGCUAAUUGUUUUGGUUUUCAUUUCAUUUUCCAAAGUUCUGCAGGAAAUUUCUUUGAAAAAAUGAAUAUUCUACCCAAGAAAAGAUGGCACGUCCGGACACGUGAGAAUAUCGCCAGAGUUCGUCGAGAUGAAAAACAAGCAGCAGAAGAGGAAAAGGAGCGCCUCCGGAAAAUUGCUCUUGCUGAGCAAGAAGCCCGAAUUGAUUUACUACGACGGAAGGCGAAAAAGUUCCUUCCGGAAGGUGCAGCAAAGCAGGAAGAGGAAGAAGGAACAUCUAGUCGGUGGGAGAUUGAGGAGAAGCUAAAAAGUGGGGAGCAUGUGAACUUCUUCAGUGAAGUUGAGAGUGGAAAGUACCAAGCGGAAGGGGAAAACAAGGAGUACGUGAAGGAGAAAAAGGAUGAGAAGGAGAAGUAUGAGAAACAAGUGGGGUACCUCACGUACCUCGGGCAGGAUACAAAUGAAGCUCUGGGCAAGAGAAGUUGGUACGAAGAGCCCCCAAAGCGUGAAGAUAGAUUCACGGAAAGUGGGAAAAUUGUCGAAACAGGACUCAAAUCAAAGAUCUACAAUGAUCCUCUGAAUGUGAUGAAGCGCUACCUGGCGGCAGGAUCAUCGAGAACUUCUACCUCCUCAUCAACUCCUGACCCAUCUCUGCUGAAAGCCUACGAAUCCCUCCUACAUUCACAGAGGGAACGAUCGAGUGAGGGAAGGUCAAAGAAGCACAAAGAGAAGAAGAGAAAGAGAUCCCGAAGAAGUUCUUCGGAAUCAGAGGAUGAGACAGAGAGGAGCGCUAAAAAGGCAAAGCUGGAGAAAUUGCGAGCUGAGAGAUUGCAGCGAGAGAAGGCAGAACGUCAGCGAACAGAUGCCUUCCUUGCCAAACUCCGGGGAGAUCCGGAACCGGAAAAAGAGCCCAAAAAGACUGAGAAGGAGCCUCCAGUUCGACCAAUGAAGCAGAAAUAUAACUCUCAGUUUAAUCCUGAACUUGCCAAGCAGAACUACGACUGGCGGCGAUGAAUCCUUUGCAAUAAAUAAAUUAAUUAAAACUUC